CGAGCUUCUUUUCCGUUUCUUCUCUGAACCUUGACCCUGCUUGAAAUUCCGGCAUACCCGGAUGUUCACGUUACCCCCGGCAACCGAUCAAACAUGGAGAGGGAAAAGGAGGAAAAAGAAGAGGAUGCAACCACUGAGAAUCUUGCUUCUGAUGAUUUUGAUUAUGAGCUGCAAGGUGAAAACGAUGUGCAAGGAGAUGAAACAACAGCGCCACCUGAAGAAGGAGAGCAACUUGCAGAGGAGGUGGAGAGGGGCACGGACGAGGAAUUAAGUAAAAAGCAAAUGGAAAAAACCCUCUCAGAUGACUUCUUCUAUGACUAUGAGGAUGUAUACUUCAAACCGUUCAUCACACCAGACUCAGAAAUUCCAGAAGAUCUGCUUACCUUUUUAUAUUCUUUUGGUUACGAUUGCACUCGACGUGUGAAUAUUCAACUCAUAGAUGAGCAAACUAUAAUGUUUGUGGCUGGUAACCUGGUAAUCCUAAUGAAUAUUAAGACCAAGGAGCAAAGGCACGUUCGAAGCAGCUCUGGAGGGGGCAUUGGCACUGUGAUGGUUCAUCCAAGCAGAAACUAUUUUGCUGUAGGUGAAAAGGGCAUUAUGCCCAACAUAAUUAUCUAUGAAUAUCCUUCCCUGAAACCGUACAGAAUCAUGCGAGGAGGAACCGAGAGGGCCUAUGCUUUUGUUGACUUUAAUUCAUCGGGCAGUCUGCUGGUCAGCGUAGGGGGGCAUCCAGAUUACAUGGUCACCAUCUGGAACUGGAAGCAGGAAAAUAUAGUGCUGCGCUCAAAAGCCUUUUCACAGGAUGUUUAUCGGGUCACCUUCUCCCCAGAAAAUGAUGAACAACUGACCACCUCGGGCACAGGACAUAUCAAGUUUUGGAAGAUGGUGGAGACUUUCACUGGGCUCAAACUGCAAGGUGAACUUGGCAGGUUUGGCAGAACUGCGCUGACGGACAUUGAUGGUUAUGUAGAGUUGCCAGAUGGAAAGGUAGUGUCCGGUUCUGAAUGGGGAAAUAUGUUGUUGUGGGAUGGUGGUCUUAUCAAAGUGGAACUCAGCAGAAGGGACAGCAAGCCGUGUCAUCUUGGACCUAUAAAUCAAUUUGUACUGGACGAGGGAGAACUUAUCACUGUCGGAGCUGAUGGAUGUGUGCGGGUCUGGGACUUUGAGACCAUUGACACAGCGGAGUCGUAUGAUGAGGAAUCUCUAAUAGAGAUGGAGCCAAUGAACGAAUUGAAUAUUGGAAGGAACGUUAACCUGCAUUUCAUGGUGAAGUUCAAAGACUCGAACUUUAUUUGGUGUGCCCAGGAUGCCAAUGGUAGAAUCUGGAAACUUGACCUCUCUUUUUCAAAUAUUACCCAAGACCCUGAGUGUCUAUUUUCUUUCCACUCUGGGGCGAUCCAAGCCAUGGACCUUUCACCACUCACCUAUCUGAUGGCGACAACCGCACUUGACCGCACGGUGCGUAUCUACGACUUUGUGAGAAAUAAAACAAUGGCUAUUGUGAAAUACAGUCAAGGUGGAACUGCACUAAUUUGGGCACCUCUUGUGCUCUACCCAAAGGGAAACAUGAUUGCUGUAGGCUUUGAAGAUGGUGUUAUCCGCAUCUUGGAAAUAUAUAACCCUAAAGGCCUUGCUCAUGUUGCUGGCAGAUCGGAAGUUGGUGAGAUUGAUAUUCGCCUAAAACAGGCCUUGAAGCCACACACAGCAGAUGUCACUGCUAUUGCUUAUGAACAUAAUGGAGAAAUGCUUGCAACAGGUAGCAAAGACAACACAGUAUUUUUCUUUCUAACUGGGAAUGAAUAUGUACCAGUGGGAUUCAUCAGUGUACCAGGACCUGUUGUAAGCUUGCAGUGGUCUCCACCUAGCCAUGAGACAACUAAGUUGCUCAUAUUUUGUGAAAAUGGUUAUGUCGUUGAAACUGCAUGUCCAGAGCUCGAGGAACUAGAUACGACUUUAACAUUUGAGAUUCCCCUACCGAAGCAGUACUUCCGUUUCAAGAGCAUCAGGUCUAGCAUAGAGAGAAAUACAGAGAUUAAGCGGAGGCAGAAGAUAAAAGAACAAAAAGAGAAAGAAAAGCAAGAAAGACUCCAAAAAAAGAAGGAAAUGGCAGAAGAUAAUCCGGAAUUGGCUUCUGAGGAAGAAGAGGAAGAAGAAGAGAAAGAGGAGGAAGAGGAGCCACUCCCAAUGAUCUACAUUCCUCUUGAACCAAACGCCAUAUUAUGUGGUUUCUACUCAAAUCCAGGGCAAUUCUGGUUGUCUGUGACUGGUUACGAUUGUGGAUAUCUCUACCAUUGUAAGUUCACAGAAGAAGAGAAUGUUAACAAGGAUGGCUCCAUAAAUAUGAAGGAACCAUUUGCUUUUUUAGCCAUUGAAGAUGCAAGUGAAAACCCAAUCAGACAAAUGGUUUUCAAUUCAGAAGGAAACCUUCUAUUUUGUGGGAUGGAAAAUGGAGCUGUGCGUAUCUAUCCUCUCUUGUUCAAUGAUUUUGAUUUAAAAUCCAUGCAAAUAUUCUGGAGCCUCAGUAUUCAUGACAAUGAUUAUGGACACAUCAAACGAAUCUGCAUCAGUUACGACAGUCAGUUUUUGGUGACAUGCGGGGCUGAUGGCAACAUCUUUGCUUUCAGUAUACUUCCUCAGGAGGACAUUGUAGAAUUAAUGAGAGGAAGACAAGCCCGGGUGCCAUCUCCCAGGAAGGAUCUUGCAACAGACAAAAUAGCAGAUGAUAUUGAUGACCCAAAUGCUUACAGCCUUGAAAAUGCUAAAAAGAAAGCAGAGAUGGACCUGAUAAUGAAACUGGCAGAGGAAAAGAAGGCCAAGAAAAGACUGGAGCUACAUGAGCUACGAGACGAGUUUAGAGAACUUCAAAUAAAAAAUGCGGAACUCCUUGAGCAUGUCCAGCUCAAGAAAGAGGAUUUUGAACUGGAUCGUCAGAUUCGAAGUGAGGUUGAGAGGCAGAUUGCUACUCGGAUUGAGUUAGUUUGUAAAGAAUUGGCAUGGGAACAGGAAAAGUAUCACAUUGGCCUUCAAAAGCUCCAAGCCAGGUUUCGAAAUGCAGUGGAAUUUGACUCCAUCGUUGUGCAUUGCUUUGAAAGUGAUCAUAAGGUAUCAACAUACCGGGUAACAUCUUUGUCUGAAAAGUAUCACCAGUUGAAGAUUGACAUGUUAAGGAAGAGCCUGAUACAGAUUGACCAGAAAAGCAAAGACAACCUUUAUAAGGAAAGUAAAGCAACAGGUAUUGAUAAGGCUGUGGUUGCGGAACAGGACUUGGAUGUUGACCUGUUGAAAGGUUCUCAAAGCCCACAAGUAAAGGUGAAUGUUGGAAUACGACAAGAGAAUAUGAUCAAUAAAGCAGAGAAGGCAAAGAAUAAAAUUGACCAGAGGAAAAAAGAAUGGAAAGAUCUUUAUGCGAGCAGACCCGAUGAUAAUUACGAAGAUCCAAAUGAUGUGGCAGCAAUUAAAGAAGCUCAAGAAAACAUGGGAGAUUUCAAGUUAAAGACUGCUGCUGACUACACUGUACCGGAACACCUGCGUAUUAAUGCAGAGAAGAAAAGGAAUCAACUUAUUUGCCUCGAGGAGCUGAUUCAUGAAUUCAAAGUUGAUAUGAGCAGGAAGGUAGUUGAUCUUCGUGACACAAAGAUUGAUAUUAUUGAACAAAUCACCAAUCUCACUGAGGAGUUGAGGGUAAUACAGACCAAGCUUGAUCCUUCACAACAUCUUCCCAUUCCCAUCAUCCCAAACCUGUACCCUGAUGAAAUGCCUGAGAAGUUGUUCCAAAUUGACCAGGAAAAACUGCAGGAAUUCAGGGAAGAAUACAGUUCCAGCAAGAAACGCAAUAGAAUGUCUGAACAGCUCAGUGAGUUUGGAAAAUCAUCUGAAACUGCAAACCCAUCACAAGCUAGCUCAAUUCAGCAAAUAGAACAAAGCAAUAUAAAAUCUCCAGUGGCUGAGAUGAUAGAACCAUCACAGCUGGAGGCUGAAAUCCAAAUCAUUGAAGAGAAAACAAAUUUAUAUUUGCAAAAUGCAGUACUGAAAAAGAUCAAUGAUUUGAUAAAGAACUUUGAUGCAGAGAUUCGGGUCAUUUGUCACCAGAAAUGUAAGCUGGACAUUGCUAUGAAGAUGGCUGACCUACGGCACGUUACGCUUUUUGAAGAGGUUCUUCUCUUGAAAGAGUUUGAAAAGAGUGAGGACGUUUUGCAGGAACGUGUCAACCAACGCAUUACUGAACGGCUGGAAACACAACUUAAAUCAGAGGAAUGUUUGCAACAGUUAGAUGGCAAAAAACGUGAUGUAGCUAAACUACAAGAGAAGGAGAAGGCCCUUCAUGCCACCUUCUUGCUGUCACUCGGUGAAAACAACAAACAUGCUGAUUUUCUCACCAGAGUCUUCAAGAAGAAAAUCAAACGGAGAAGAAGGAGUGAAGCAAAAAUCUCAGCAGAGUCAGAUGAAGAGACCGAUGAAGAAUCGGAUGAGGAAUUUGGCUACAGUGAUGAGGAUGAAUCAGAUUCUGAUGAUGGUGGAGUGGAUGACUCUGCUUGUCCAGAGACUUGUGACCCAGCGCUAUUUGAAAACACCCUUCAACUUCGAGAAAAGCGAUUGGAUAUUGAGGAAGCCUUGGCUGAAGAGAAAAAAUCUGUGGAAUUGUUAAAGAAAGAAUAUGAUAUGAUUGCUAAGAAGGUAAAACUUAUCGAUGGAACUGUAAAGUCUGCGAAGAAAGACCUGGAAGUGUUGCAACGAGAGAAACAACAGAAACUGAAUGAGCUGUAUGUGGUUGUUCCUCUGAAACUCCAUCAGGUGGAGUACAUUGUCAAUGGAGAUAUGCCGAAUGAUCUUGUACUUGGGCUGGUUUUCACCAAUCCAGCUUUGAUGUUGCUGCAAAAGCGGAUCAAAGAACUGCAGGUGGAAAAGGACGAGCAGCGAGAGCUGUUUAAACAUGCACGGCAAAAACAUGUCCAGCUUCUGCGGGACAAAGCAGGGAUGGAAGCUGAAAUAGCAGAAUUAGAAGAAACCUGUUAUCAAGAAAUGAUCCGGAAGUUUGGCCGUGUGGUCGAUUUGGAAGCGUUGCAAACUCUGUCAGUGAACAUGACCCUGGAAGAGUUGAAAGAGAAGAUUGAUGUCAACGACAUGCGAUUCAAAAGAAGAAUCAAACAAAAGGAUGAUAAAAUUGCAGAGUUGCAAGCCGAGCUUACAGAUUUCACCAGACAAUAUACAUGCAGACUGGAUCAGAUGAAUACAAUGACAUUGGAAAAGAGGAAAAUUGAAACCCAGUUAAAUAGCCAGCAGAAGAAAAUGGGUGUCGAGCUUCAGAAGCAAAAAGCUAAAUUGGAAGAGAAGCAGGACCUGAUUCAGCUUGUGGAAAGACAGGCAAAAGAAGUAAACAAAUUGAAAGAUGAAAUCAGUCUGCUGACCAGAAAAGGUGGUCACAUCCUUCUUCCCUCCCAACCACCUUUACCAUAGUGAACUUUGCAAUACCAUUAUCUCCUUACACUCAUUUUAGGUUUGUGUUUUUGUUUCCCUUGUACAUGAUUUCAUCCUAGUCUGACAAUAGAUGCAAGUCAAUAAUAAAUAUUUAGUAUG